AUGGCACCCAAAAAGAAGACUGUCAAAAAGAACAAAGGAGAGGUCAAUGAGAUGACAAUAAUUGUAGAAGAUAGCCCACUCAACAAACUGAAUGCUUUAAACAGUUUCCUAGAAGGAGGCAAUGGAUUGAACUGCAUCUCAUCAGAAGUGACCGAUGCCUCAUAUGGACCCAACCUCUUGGAAGGUUUAAGCAAAAUGAGGCAGGAGAACUUCCUCUGUGACUUAGUAAUUGGCACCAAAACUAAAUCCUUCAAUGUUCACAAGUCAGUGAUGGCCUCCUGUAGUGACUAUUUUUACAACAUACUAAAGAAGGACCCCGCCACUCAAAGAGUGGAUCUCAAUGAUGUGUCACCGGUCGGCCUGGCUACUGUGAUUGCGUAUGCCUAUACUGGAAAGCUGACUCUUUCCUUAUACACGAUAGGAAGCAUCAUUUCUGCGGCUGCCUACCUUCAAAUCCACACCCUCGUGAAGAUGUGCAGUGACUUUCUGAUACGAGAAAUCAGUGUUGAGAAUUGUAUGUACGUUGCUAACAUAGCAGAAACCUAUAACCUAAAAACCACUAAAGCAGCCUCCCAGAAAUUUAUCCGGGACAACUUCAUUGAGUUUUCAGAAACUGACCAGUUCCUAAAACUUACUUUUGAGCAGAUCAAUGAACUACUGGUAGAUGACGACCUGCAGCUGCCUUCUGAAGUAGUCGCAUUCCAGAUCGCAACCAAAUGGUUAGAAUUCGACCAAAAGAGAGUGAAGUAUGCUGCUGAUCUCUUGAGCAAUAUUCGCUUUGGUACCAUCUCUGCUCAAGACCUAGUCAAUUAUGUUCAGUCUGUACCCAGGAUGAUGCAAGAUGCAGAUUGUCACAAGCUUCUUGUGGAUGCCAUGAAUUAUCACCUACUUCCCUACCACCAAAACACGUUGCAGUCUAGGCGCACAAGAAUCCGAGGGGGCUUUCGAGUUCUAGUCACUGUUGGGGGGCGGCCUGCCCUCACUGAAAAGUCCCUUAGCAGAGAUGUCUUAUACAGGGACCCUGAGAAUGGAUGGAGCAAGUUGACCGAAAUGCCUGCCAAGAGUUUUAAUCAGUGUGUGACUGUGAUGGAUGGAUUUCUGUAUGUGGCUGGUGGAGAAGACCAGAACGAUGCAAGGAACCAAGCCAAGCAUGCAGUCAGCAAUUUCUGCAGAUAUGACCCCCGUUUCAACACUUGGAUACACCUGGCAAACAUGAAUCAGAAACGCACCCAUUUCAGCCUCAACGUUUUCAACGGGCUCCUUUUUGCAGUAGGCGGCCGCAACUCGGAAGGCUGUCUGUCUUCCAUUGAAUGCUACGUGCCUUCCACGAACCAGUGGCAGAUGAAGAAGUCUCUGGAGGUGGCAAGGUGUUGCCACGCCAGUGCUGUCGUCGAUGGCAAGAUCCUAGUGACGGGAGGCUACAUCAAUAGCGCCUAUUCCCGUUCAGUGUGUAUGUAUGACCCUGCUAACGAUGACUGGCACGACAAGUCUAUCCUUAGCACUCCACGAGGCUGGCACUGCGCCAUCUCUCUCAGCGAGAGGGUCUAUGUGAUGGGGGGAAGCCAGGUGGGGCCCAGAGGGGAAAGGGUGGACGUGAUCCCCGUCGAGUGCUACAACCCUUAUACGAGUCAGUGGAGUUACGUGGCUCCCCUUCAGACCGGCGUCAGCACCGCCGGGGCUUCCACACUCAAUGGUAGGAUUUACUUGGUGGGAGGCUGGAAUGAAAUAGAAAAGAAAUACAAGAAGUGCAUCCAAUGCUUCAAUCCCGACCUUAAUGAAUGGAUUGAGGAGGAUGAGCUGCCUGAAGCCACUGUGGGAGUGUCAUGCUGUACUAUUUCUAUGCCUAACAAUAUGGCCCGGGAAUCUAGAGCUAGUUCAGUGUCCUCCGUACCAGUCAGCAUUUAA